AUGUCUCUCAAGCGCUCGGUCGCCUUUGCGACACAAACGCUCACUAUUACAGUGCCCAAGAACCGCCGCCCCAAGUUUGAGCUACACUUGAAAAUAAUCGACCUCAACAACGUCCCGCUCGUAUCCGGCAACUCGUUCGUGAAAUGGCACCUCCCGCACUCGACCGCCGCCGAACACCGCGGGCGCACCGAAAAGCGCCCAAUCAAAGACCACAAAGUGAGCUAUGACUAUGAGAGCAAACAGUCAGUCAAGAUGGUCGUGGACAAAAGUGGCAUGCUGCAGGAGAGCUUCAUUGAAUUCGAGGUGGUGCAGGAGUACUCGGGUGGGGGCAAAGGCGAGCGCAUCACACUGGGGAACGUCAAGCUCAACUUGGCCGAAUACGUCGAGCAGAGCGAGAUGAACCGGACAGAGGGCGACGAGCCCGGCGUCACCCGGAGAUAUCUCAUGCAGAACAGCAAGAUCAACAGCACGCUCAAGAUCAGCAUCUUCUUGCGCCAGGUCGAGGGGGACAGGAACUUUGUUGCGCCUGCGUUGAAGACGGCCCAGGUGUUCAGCGGAAUCGCAGGGAUUGUGUCGGGCGAGCAGGGAGAUGCUGAAGAGGCAGGCACAACGCCUUCCCUGAGCGCCGGAUCACGAGAAGCUGGCGAGCUCCAAGACAUGUACAGACGGACGCUCGCGGCAUAUUGGUCUGCUCAGCCGGGCGAACUCAAAGCAGAUGAAUGUAUCGAGGACAUCUUUUCUGGUGGUGACGGCUGGGGCGACCGCGAGAAGCCAUACGACGAGCCAAGACGCAUAAGGUUUGUAAACGGUGACAGCAGUGGCUCAAUGAGCGAAAGCGAGUCGCACAAAGGAAGCAGCAUACUGCGAAAAUCACACGAGACGCUAAGGCCCGGCGACACAAAGUCCAGCUCAGCGAGUGUGCGCGGCAGAGGGAGUCUUGAGCAGCAGGCGCAUCAGAUGCAAGCAGAGGCCAAGCGGGAACGGCGCAGGCCGCACCAUGAGGUGGACGAGUUUGAGAUCCGGGAUGACUUUCGCCGCCGCGAUGCAUUCGAUGAGGAAGUUGAACGAGAUGCGAAGCCAAUAUUGCAACCAAGACCGCAGCUGAGCGAGCAUCCGCUCGGUCGCGUACGGAAGAGGAAGGGAGGACGCUCCAUACGGGAGACCACCGCACGUCUGGAAGGCACAAAGACGCUCGGCGAAGAUGCCUCCAUUCUUGUUCUAGAGGAGCUCGGGGAUGGCAAGAAGAAAGAGGCGACACCGGGACCUGAGCUCGUACAGGACGACGAACAAUUACCACUCAAGCUUGCCGAGGCGCUUGCUGAUGAGAAGCCUGCGACUCUCGAGGAAGUCCUGGAGCAGCUCGAUAAAUUACGCCGAAAGGCUACUAAUGACGAAGACAGUGUGGACGAGCACUAUGUUAGCCAAACCGUCUAUACCAGAUUAUCAGACCACCUUCUCAGAGCUUUCACCGUCGCGCAACUCUCACACUACUACUCUGAAAGAAAAGGCGUUGAAAAAGAUCGUGUGGCGCAGGAGGUCAGGGUGGGGUUAAAGCAGAUGCAGGGGAAAGGCAAGCGGCCUUCAGAACGCUCCGAAUGGACUCCUGGAAGAACACAGAUCGACAGACGCUUGCCGAGCUUGGAUGUCCAUUCCAAGAUGAAACGCAAGGCAAUAGGCAAGCAUCUGUUGGUCGACCAGAUCCUCCGUGAUGUAUGGAAACUGGUGAUGCUCGAGGAGCUUGAGGCGGCUGGCGAGAUCGAGUUGGCACUGAAGGACUGGCAGCUGGUGAUGCUCACCUCAGGAACACCGGAAACGGCGUUGGACAGAAUUGGGGAAGCUCGAAAGGCCAAGCUCGAAGUGAACGCUGCAGACAAGGUCUUGCGUAUCACAGCCGACAAGCACACGGCAGAAUAUGCAGCGGACGAUGUGGAGCGACUUUUACAGGCAUCCGAGUCACGGCGCUUCCACUUGAACGAAUGGAUACCACACCUUGAAACACUCGGUACCGCUGAACCCACAACUGCAGAUGUAUUUCCGGAAGACGUUCGCGCAACGGUAGCUUCAUUGACAGGAGCUCAAAUCCAGAUUGUCACGGACAAGACCGUUGUAAUUCGAGCGCUGGACAAAGAAACCAUUGCAGACGCGGAGCGAUCUUUGAUCAAGCUGCUGCCUCUCAAGAAUCUCCAGAACAUCUCGGUCGACACCACAGGCCGAGAUGUUCUCGAGGGCUCGGACCAUUUCUUGCCAGUUGUGGUCGAAAAGGAGGCUGUUGCAUACAAAGAUCGCCGCACCAAGGUCGGGCGCUGGUCAUUACCUGUGAAUCAAGCCAAUGCCUCGCUUCAUGCAUCGGACAGCAUCACGGAACGAGUGAAGACUGCACAGGAACUGGUUGUCACGAAGCUAAUGACACCUCCCACGCAAUAUCAACGCACCGGUAACGCUUCGAGAGAUAUAAAGUACCGGAAGUGGACUUAUCAUCCUGAGGCUCGGUUGACGGCUGUGUUCGGUCACGCACUUUUCCCUUUGGAUGACCCGACCACGGGAAAACCACGCUUCUUUCCUGCACUACCAGGCCUAUCUUCUAUCUUUAGCGACGAAGCCUUCAGAAUGGGCUUCGUAAUGCGGCCAUCUCUGUGUUAUGAGUUUAUUGCAGAGCCUGGACCUAAGAACUACACCUCCGACCUCUCGCCGUAUAAGUUUCCCAGGCUCAGUGCGUACUUCCGGCCCGAUAAUGAAGGCCAGCAUGCAUUAUCAAAAGUCGUCCUCAACUUUGCCGCCACAAAGCAUCGAGUGCUCCUGCCUGAACAGGCCGUUGACAUCCAAUUCCAGACGUCGCAAAGCAUACAGAUGCAGAACGUUCGAUUGGAUCAGGACGCUCGCCUUUUGCAAAAUCAAGUCUUACCGAAACUGCAAGGUGGUGGGCGCCUAAGUGCCCCUGAUAUCAGUGUGGAUAUCCCGAAAUGGACGGUUGAGGGAAUGGAGUUCGAUGGAAAAGAGGACUUCGUAAAGACCAAGUUCAUCUUCACGGGCAUAACGUUCUCCCAGAGUAUUUGGGGACAACAUCAGGGUCAAACGACGAAGUAUGUCACGAGGCAAGGUGGCAAGCUGGGCGCUAAGACUGGAAUAUUUUCAACGGUCUACGGGAUGAACGGUUUGGCGAAAAAGCUGGCUCACUCUGACCCGCCGAACGCUAUGAGGGAUUUUGUCGCGAAUGCAUUCAAGAUGGCAGGCACCAUCACACAGGCUGCUGCUGCCAGCCAGGCUGGGAUGAAGAAGCUCGAACGGAAGGUCAAACCACAGCACUCCUUUAGACCACGAUCUCAGUCGGCUGGUGGAACUACUUCUCCAACGAUCAACGAACAAGCCAGCUUCGCUCAAGCAAUUGAGAACGAUGCCAAGACAACCGCAGAUUCCAAUGACAACAUUGAGGCCUUGCCCGAGGCGAAGACCACCGACGGCGCCUUCGAUGUCCCACAAGUCUCAGCUAUACUUAAUGACACUGCGUCUCCGGGUAAUGUCGAUGAAGCACAUCUCUCUGAUGCUCAAGAAGAGCCAAAGGAAGAAGAACAAAAACGCCGCUUGGAUACAGCGGCUUGA